UGCCCAGGCGUUACAGCAAAGUGUUGUGUGGUGUUUGGGGCAUGUACGUGGUACUCACGCACUGGCUUCUGCUCACCGACAGAUGAGGACAGAUGCGCCAAAGAGGCUGACGGAACUGCCCUGGGGUCCAUCUGCGUCCAGACCCAGAUGAUGCCAGAGCUAUGACCGGGCCUGCAGGCGUGGCGCCGAGGGGAAAUCAGCCAUGGAGCAGCCACCGGAGGAAGCCCCUGAGGUCCGGGAAGAGGAGGAGAAAGAGGAAGUGGCAGAGACACAAGGAGCUGCAGAGCUCAAUGGAGAGCCAGAGCACCCGCUUCCCUCCAGCAGCUACACAGACCUCUCCCGGAGCGCCUCCCCACCCUCGCUGCUGGACCAGCUGCAGACAGGCUGUGACGGGGCCCCGGGCAGCAGCCUCAACAUGGAGUGCCGCGUGUGCGGGGACAAGGCGUCGGGCUUCCACUACGGCGUCCAUGCGUGCGAGGGCUGCAAGGGCUUCUUCCGGCGGACGAUCCGCAUGAAGCUGGAAUACGACAAGUGUGAGCGGAGCUGCAAGAUUCAGAAGAAGAACCGCAACAAGUGCCAGUACUGCCGCUUCCAGAAGUGCCUGGCACUGGGCAUGUCACACAACGCCAUCCGCUUUGGCCGGAUGCCAGAGGCCGAGAAGAGGAAGCUGGUGGCAGGGCUGACGGCGAGUGAGGGGAGUCAGCACAACCCACAGGUGGCUGACCUGAAGGCCUUCUCCAAGCACAUCUACAACGCCUACCUGAAAAACUUCAACAUGACCAAGAAGAAGGCCCGCGGCAUCCUCACCGGCAAGACCAGCCACACCGCGCCUUUUGUGAUCCACGACAUCGAGACGCUGUGGCAGGCAGAGAAGGGCCUGGUGUGGAAGCAGCUGGUGAACGGCCUGCCGCCCUACAAGGAGAUCAGCGUGCACGUCUUCUACCGCUGCCAGUGCACCACGGUGGAGACAGUGCGCGAGCUCACCGAGUUCGCCAAGAGCAUCCCCAGCUUCGGCAACCUCUUCCUCAACGACCAGGUGACCCUUCUCAAGUACGGAGUGCACGAAGCCAUCUUCGCCAUGCUGGCCUCCAUCGUCAACAAGGAUGGGCUGCUGGUGGCCAAUGGCACGGGGUUUGUCACCCGGGAGUUCCUGCGCAGCCUCCGCAAGCCCUUCAGUGAUAUCAUCGAGCCCAAGUUCGAGUUUGCUGUCAAGUUCAAUGCCCUGGAACUCGACGACAGUGACCUGGCUCUCUUCAUCGCGGCCAUCAUUCUGUGCGGAGACCGGCCAGGCCUCAUGAACGUGUCCCAGGUGGAGGCCAUCCAGGACACCAUCCUGCGUGCCCUCGAGUUUCACCUGCACGCCAACCACCCCGACGCCCAGUACCUCUUCCCCAAGCUGCUGCAGAAGAUGGCUGACCUGCGGCAGCUGGUCACCGAGCAUGCCCAGAUGAUGCAGCGGAUCAAGAAGACCGAGACAGAGACCUCACUGCAUCCCCUGCUCCAGGAGAUCUACAAGGACAUGUACUGAGGUGCACAGCCAGGGCCUCCCAGCAGGCCUCGGGGCCGAGAACCAGGGGCAGGGACAGCGCUGAACAGGGGCCACAUGGGACUUCCCCGUUGGCCACAGGCCCACUCAGCAUGGCGCCUGAUCACACACGUCUGCAAACAGACCCACGCCUCGCUCCCCAUGGUCCCUUCCUCCCUCUCUCCUUCUCCGUUCCUUGUUCUUCUCUUUGCUCUUUCUCUUCCUUUCUAAGGGUUCCCUCUUCCUUCCUCCCUGGCCCUCCCUCUCCCCCCAUCCCCUGUCUGUCCCUCUGUCUUCCUGUGAGACAGUUGGUAUUAUCUCACCAGCAGCAUAGGACAGGACUUCUGCUUUUGCCCCCCUGCCCCGGUGCAGAGGGAGUGGCCUGCCCUCCGCACCAGCCGUCUGCAGGGGCAGGGGCCUCACUGCUCCAUGCUCACAGCAAGGCUGGAGCUGCCCAAAGAAACACUAAGCUCUGGGCCCGGCUUCCUGGGGAAGCCGAGCAGGACCUGGGCGACCGCAGCAGUGGCCUUGGUCGCUGGGUCCCUGCCCUGAAGGCCAGGAUGCCUCCCUGAAACUGUCACGCACCCCACUCUGAGGCUGGCACCCCUGACCCAGCCAACCCCACUUCAGCCAUGUACCCCAGCCCCACUCAAACCAACAUCCUUUUUGGUCUUUUCACCGGUCUUCCGGGCCAGUGUUGCUGAUGGCCCCCUGCGCUGGCCGCUGCGGGACCUCCCCCAGCCUGGAAGGAGGUGGGUUCCCUGUAGGUGGGGGCCCCACACCCCCAUGAAGAGGAUUGAGCCUCCAGGGAGGUGCAAGUUGGCAGGGAAGCAGUGAGCAGGCCUCAGGGUUGCCCUCCAUCAACACCCACCCUCCCCCCAGCCUGCAGCAGCCUUACCACCUAUAUUCUGUCGACAUCACAGCCCUUGCCUCUCCCCAGGGCCGGGACUGGCCUCACCCCCGAUGACGUCCUAUUUCCACCCAGGAGGCACUGGCACUGGCUCGAGCUCACUGCAGCUCAUGCCACACACUCCUGGAGCCGCCGCUCCGCUGCACACCACAAGCACUGAUUCACUUUAUCUGCAGGUUCCACACACCCCCUUCUCUAGGCGGAUGCAUGCCCAGAGGGGCCUGCAGGUGGACGGGCAGGCCUGGGCCCCUGUUCCAGGGCUGGCCACAUCCUUGGUCAGCAGGGGCGUCCUGCUGUGUCAGCCCAGCACCUGCUCACGGGGAAGGUGCCAGGGAUAAACUGGUCCUGUUGACGGAGACAGCCAUCUGUGCCCACAGCUCUGCUACCCUCCCUUCCCUGUGUCAGCCCAGCUGGUCUCCUGGAACACCCUGCGCAGCCCCUGGUGACUGGGCCUUGCCAGGCCACCCCGCUCCCCGGCCCCUGCCCACUCCCCUCCGCAGGGGCACUCAGCGCCCAGGCUGCUGCCAGGGAGGAGGCUGGCUAGGGUCUCGGAGAACCUGGUGCAGAGCCCAGGCUUCCUGGUCCUGUCUGCUCCUCCUUCAGGAGGGGCCUUCUGUCCAGCUGCAGCUGUGGGAGGAAAUGCCCUGGAGAGAGGACACAGCCAGUGCCUGCCCUGCCAGUGCGGUGGCCUUCCAUGCCCAGGACCACUCCCUACUGGCUUCCCUCUCCCAUCCUACCCUCGCUGACCGAGGUUUGGCCGAGGGGGCUCCCUUGGGCCAGCACUGUGAGGGAGAGGCGCUGUGCCCGACCUCCGCCUCCCCACCCCCUGCCCGCCCCCACACCCAGCUCUAGUGCUGAGAAUACAGCUCUUCUCAGUGUCUGAACAAUCUCCAAAAUGGAAAUGUAUAUUUUUGCUAGGAGCCCCAGUUUCCUGUGUUUUUAAUAUAAAUAGUGUACACAGACUGAUGGAACUUUAAAUAAAUGGGAAUUAAGUAUUUAAGAGUUGA